AUGCUUUCACGCUCAUUGAGAAUUGCUAGCCAAAGAAGAUUUUUAUCCACUAGCAGAAUCUUGGCCAACAAGGCUACCCCCAACACCACCACUGAUGUCAAGACUGCUCAAGAUUUGGCUGAAGUUACUGGCCCAGCAUCAUUGAUUGGUCCUGGUGCCAAGCCAGGUACCAUCCCCACCGAUUGGGACCAGUCCACUGGUUUACAAAGAUUGGAACUUUUGGGUAAGAGAGAAGGUGUUGAUGUUUUCGACAUGGAAAUGCCAAUCACUGAAGGUAAAGGAACCAUGGCUGAUCCAUUCUUGGUUCCAACUUAUAUCGGAUACAGAUAUGUUGGAUGUAAAGGUACUGCCGAUGAAGCACACAAGCCAUACUGGAUGAAGGUUGAGGAAGGAAAAGUAGCAAGAUGCUGGCAAUGCGGAACUGUUUUGAAAGCCAAGUACUUGGGUGAACCAGGAAUGGCUCAUUAA